AUGCCUAGGAAGAAGCAGAAGAAGCGUUGUACCAAAAAAAAGAAAAAGCAGAAGAAGCAGGCGGACGACAGAUUAUCCAAACUGCCAAUACAUAUACUUCACCACAUACUCUGUUCCCUCUCUCAGAGAGAAGCUGUGAAAACUUGUGUACUCUCCAAACAAUGGCGCCACAUAGGAUCAACCCGCCCCAACCUCGAGUUUUCCUUCGGCAACACACAAGAAAAAUAUGUCCCCGUCGACCGAAUCCUACAAGAAUACUAUGAUCAAAACCUCUCCAUAAACAAACUCCAUCUCGACUUAUCGAGCCCCGACUCACGACCGGUCAUCUCCCUUCUCGACAAAUGGAUUCCGACGACACCCGCCCUCAACAUGAAAGUGUUUAAACUCAACCUUCUUUCAUAUACUCAGGACCUCCCCUCGGCCGUCUUUUUAGCCGAAUCCCUCGAAGAACUACACCUGAGAAAAUGCAGGGUGAGCCCGGUGGUCGAGAGCGUGCGGCUUAAGAGUUUGCACACGCUCAGCCUCAAAAAGGUCCAAGUUGAUGGCGGCACUUUAGAGACGAUAAUGUUGGGCUGCCCUUGGCUCUCGAGCCUGCUCCUUAAUCGUUGUCGGGAGUUGAGAAACGUUAGGCUGAAAUCGUCUAGGCUCAAGCAAUUAGAAUUGUCUGAUUCCAAGAGGAUGAAAGGGUGUAGCAUCGACAUUGAUGUCCCGAAUCUCGAGACAGUCUAUAUCAAUGGCCCACGGAUUUGGUGUCACCGCAAAAGGGCAUUCGCGUUCUCUGUUCUCACGAGUUUGUAUUUCUGUAAUGUGAUCCUGUCGAACGAGUCGUUUGACCUGUUAUCGUCCGGCUGCUCGAAUCUUGCGAGAUUGGCCCUAGAGAAUUGCUCUGGUUUCGAGGAAUUUCAUCUUGCUAGUGAUUCGGUCAAGUUCUUGCGCAUCUGGACCCCAGAAGUUUUGCUAAAAGGAGUUAGAAUUUGUGCCCCGAACAUUGUCAGUUUCCAGUUCAUUGCCCGUAUUUCCCAGGCGCCGGACACAUUCUCUUUCACGACCACUACUUCCAAGAAGUGGUCCUCAAAAGUGUUCUUCUCUUCACAUAAGGAUGACCCCGAUUUAGACUUCAAUUCAUGGUUGCUUAAGCUGAGACGAGUGCUAAAGGCACUAAGUGGGUCUCGGAUUUCUCUGUUUUUGCAGAUGGACGUCGGCCUUCAGGACGAGCCUUGUAGUGCUGUUAUCGGUGAUGAGCCGCCUGUGGUGGUGCAUACCUUGAAAUUUGGUACUUGUAAAUAUCGCAUGGCUGCUUGGUACAUGGGGUUUAUGAAUGGCUUGUUUCGCGUUUGUCGACCGAGUUACAUAGGGAGUUCUAGGCUCGUGAACAAGUCGGAUGGGAACUGCGGGCUCUCGGAGUUUCAGUUAAACAUCUUGCUUGAAAAGAGGAAAGUCAGGACCAAGCCCUACUUUUGGCAGCACGAUUUGGAGCAAGUGUCUGUUGGAACUCUCGACGGGCGACAAUGGCGGCUCAUACGGUGGACGAAGCUGGAGGUGUUGAAAAAACGAACACAAGACAAGAAGACUUGCUUUAUAUUGAAAUGGAGAAGUUAG